AUGGUGCAAUCCAGCAGUAGUUGGCAAAUCGACCUUGAUUUCCACACGCCGCACCCACGAUCCACAGGCAAAAUGCAGUUCUUCACCCGCAUCACCGCGCUCGCUGCAGCUGCAGCCCCUUUCCUGGUCCAAGCUGCUCCCGUUGUGGCGCCUCCAGCAAACGAGAUCAUCCCCGGAAAAUACAUCGUUCAGCUGAAGCCUGAUACCGACGUUGCAUCCAUCGCAGCCCACCACAACACUGUGCGCAGCAUACAUGCCCGCAACCUGGCUCGACGAGGCGACGAUGGCCCCGUUGGUGCUCCAGUGGACCGCGAGUACGGGUUUGGCGACUUCAAAGCCUACGCUGGGUCGUUCGAUGAGGCGACCGUUGAAGAGCUGAAGGCUCUCCCCGAGGUCCUCACCAUUGAACCGGACUUUAUCGUGAGGAUCAACGCGGUGGUGACUCAAGCGAACGCACCGUGGGGUCUAGCCAGCAUCUCUUCCCGCAAGGUAGGAGCCACUUCAUACGUGUAUGAUGACACCGCGGGCAAGGGUACCUUCUCCUACGUUAUGGGUAAGUCACGAAACUGA